GAUUUGGGGAAGGGGUGGCGGGGGAGAUCCCACACAGGCAGCCAAUCCAGCUGUCCCGGGGAGGAAGAGGAGGAGUCAAGGCCCGCCCCGGGUCUCCGCACUGCUCAGUCCCGCUCUGUGAGGUUGGCACGGUUGCUGCUCUUCGGUCCCUUUGGUUCUCUUAGUCCCGAGCGCUCGCCCACUGCAGCUUCCUUUCCCGUGCAGAUAUGGCCUCUGGCACCACCACCACCGCCGUGAAGAUUGGAAUAAUUGGUGGAACAGGCCUGGAUGAUCCAGAAAUUUUAGAAGGAAGAACUGAAAAAUAUGUGGAUACUCCAUUUGGCAAGCCAUCUGAUGCCUUAAUUUUGGGGAAGAUAAAAAAUGUUGAUUGCGUCCUUCUUGCAAGGCAUGGAAGGCAGCACACCAUCAUGCCUUCAAAGGUCAACUACCAGGCGAACAUCUGGGCUUUGAAGGAAGAGGGCUGUACACAUGUCAUAGUGACCACAGCCUGUGGCUCCUUGAGGGAGGAGAUUCAGCCCGGUGAUAUUGUCAUUAUUGAUCAAUUCAUUGACAGGACCACUAUGAGACCUCAGUCCUUCUAUGAUGGAAGUCAUUCUUGUGCCAGAGGAGUGUGCCAUAUUCCAAUGGCUGAGCCGUUUUGCCCCAAAACGAGAGAGGUUCUUAUAGAGACUGCUAAGAAGCUAGGACUCCGGUGCCACUCCAAGGGGACAAUGGUCACAAUCGAGGGACCUCGUUUUAGCUCCCGGGCAGAAAGCUUCAUGUUCCGCACCUGGGGGGCGGAUGUAAUCAACAUGACCACAGUUCCAGAGGUGGUUCUUGCUAAGGAGGCUGGAAUCUGUUACGCAAGUAUCGCCAUGGCGACAGAUUAUGACUGCUGGAAGGAGCAUGAGGAAGCAGUUUCGGUGGACCGGGUCUUAAAGACCCUGAAAGAAAAUGCUAAUAAAGCCAAAAGCUUACUGCUGACUACUAUACCUCAGAUAGGGUCCACAGAAUGGUCAGAAACCCUCCAUAACCUGAAGGUAAAAUAUGGCCCAGUUUUCUGUUUUAUUACCAAGACAUUAAAGUAGCAUGACUGCCCAGGAGAAAAGAAGACAUUCUAAUUCCAGUCAUUUUGGAAAUUCCUGCUUAACUUGAAAAAAAUAUGGGAAAGACAUGCAGCUUUCAUGCCCUUGCCUGUCAAAGAGCAUGUUGUAAGAAAGACAAGACAUUGUGUGUAUUAGAGACUCCUCAAUGACUUGGACAACUUCAAAAUACAGAAGAAAAGCAAAUGAUCAGUAAACAUGUGGGAAAAAAUAUUACAUUUUAGAUGGAAAAAAAAAUCACCAUUAUCUUCUCCCCCUAUUAAAUUUGCAACAAUAAAGGUUGGAGGGUAAUCUCUACUUUCCUAUACUGCCAAAGAAUAUGAGGAAGAAAUGGGACUCUUUGGUUAUUUAUUGAUGUGACUAUAAAUUGGUACAGUAUUUCUGGAGGGCGAUUUGGUAAAAUGCAUCAAAAGACUUAAAAAUACUGAUGUACUUUGUGCUGGGAACUCUACAUCUAGGAAUUUCUCUUUAAAACCGUAUCAGAGAUACAUACAAAGAAUUACAUAUAAAGAAGGGUGUUUAAUAAUGAUAGUUAUAAUAACAAAUAAUUAAAACAAUCUGAAUACCCAGCAAUUGGAGGCAAAUUAUGUCUUAGUUAUAAUUAGAUUGUGAAUCAGCCAACUGAAAAUCCUUUUUGCAUAUUUUAAUGUCCUAAAAAGACAUAGUUGCUCUAUAUAUGAAAUGAAAAAAGGAUGCGGUAGCAUUUUAUAGUACUAGUUUUGCUUUUAAAUGCUGUGUAAAUAUACAACAAAACUAGAAAGAAAUAUAUAUAUAAUCUUGUUAUUGUAUUUAGGGGAGGGAUACUGGGAUCAUUUUUAUUUUCUUUGAAUCUUUCUGUGUCUUCACAUUUUUCUACAAUGAAUAUAAUCAAAUAGUAAAGUUGUUGUAAAAAUAAAAAUGGAUUUAGAAAGAUCCAGUUCUUGAAAACAUUGUUUCUGGUAAUGAAGCAGAAUUUAAGACGGUAAUAUUAAGGUGAAUGUCAUUUAAGGGAGUUACAUCUUUAUUCUGCAAAAGAAGAGGAUCAUUGAUUUCUGUACAGUCAGAACAAUACUUGGGUUUGCAACAGCUUUCUGAGAAGAGCUAGGUGUUUAAUACUGAGGUAGUCUAAAAGCAAACUGUUUAAAAGACUAAAGGCACAUUUUAUGGUGUCUGAUAUUUUAAGAAGUAAUGUUUGAUUCUCCUUUUUAUGAGUUAAAUUAUUUUACACGAGUUGGUGAUUUUUGCUUUUUAAUAAAGUGGAAGCUUGCUUUUUU